AUGUCAACGGAAUCAUUCGAACCAAAGGAGCUUCGAAGAACGAACAGCGGUAACAUCAUCGUCUACAAUCCAGCCACACAAGAACUCAAGCGAGAAAGACGCGAAAGUCUAGACGUCGAUUUAAGCAAAUUGGGCUGGCAAGCCUCGUGUCAGCGGUUAUGGGGGAAGUGUAACGACAUCUAUACCGUGGGCUCUCACAAUCAAGGAUCAUUAGCCAUGGCGGCGACGGCCGCAUGA